UUGGUAUUCAUCACUCUAAUGAAGUUCUUUUUCCGUUAACGAUAUAUACCAUGAAAUAAAUUUCGUCACCAAAUAGCUUUGAACACCUGGAGUACUGGUACAACAGCAAGAAAGGAAACACGUGAAUGUCUUCUCUUAAAUUAUGGACGUUUCAUUAGGCUGGUCCUUAACCGUACUCACUGGUCCGUGAUCCUUAAGAAGAUUUUGCGUACAUUUGCUGAAAUCUGGAUAAAAACUAUUUUUUUACGUCGGUCAGCUCGAAACGGCAUACCGCUGCGCUAACAAACUGAAACGAAAUCAUUUUCCCUCAUUUUUCUUCUUCCUGUAACCUAACAGAGAAUAAAUUGCUCUUGGGUCUCAGCCAGGAGAAUAUUUGGCUGUGAAAAAGUGGAUGGAGAAUUCUACGUAUGAAAUAACUCCACGGAUUGUUAUCGUUAGCGAACUUUGACAAAGAAUCGUGAGCAUCGUGAGGUGGCUUGGACCUGCAGCAUGAAUAAGGCCGAGGGCACACCAAGGAAACUGUCAACCGCGAUUUCCGAAAUUGUUAUCUGCCUGAGUUGAACUCAUUACGCCGUUUCUGUAAGAUACGUUUCAAUGCCAUCCUUCCAUCUGAACCCAUACGCUACGUAGAAUGGAUUCUGUACCAUGGAGCUCAUCGUUCGUUAAUACUGCAAAACCACGUAUUUCAUUUUUGUGGCUGAAGUGAGAAAUAUCCCAUAUCUUACCUUACAUAGGAAAUCCGAUCUUUCGUAUGUUGUUGAACGUGAACACGUCCAAUAUUGCCGUCUGCUUUGGUUAAAUUGUGGUGGUCUGAUGUAUGCAGUGUGUAUGAGAACUGAGGCAAGUUGUAGGUUAUGUCCAUUAAAAGCUCAGUGAAAACUACUUCGUUCUGUGCAUUUAAGUAAAGAAACAGAUAUGCAGUUCAAUGUGAAUGCUACAUUAGUACAGCCGAAGUGUUAAGCGGAAUGGACGGUGGUUUUAGAAAUGUCGCCGUGGUGUGCCGUAUAUGUGGAUCUGCAGGAGAUGCAAGUGGAGAAGGUUCGAAAUUCAAUCCAGAGAAAGAACAUUCAAAUACUAGGACAUUUCAGGUGCCUGAUGAAUAUGACGUUUGUCAGCAGUGCACUGUCCAGGGCCAUGCAUUGGCACCCAAGGAAGCUGUGACAUCCGCAGACAACCGCCAUGAAAAGGAGGUGGAACAGAAGGAGGCAGAGGGUCCUCAGGAGGAAGAGGAUCCAGCUACUAUUGCAGGGUUGAACAGUAAGAGACUUCUGGUCAUUCAGGGUGAUGGUGAUGGUGGUGGGGAGUGUGUUCCUAUCAGUGAGGAGAUGCUGUUCUCUAUUCAUGGUUUGGACCUGACAUUGCCAGUCUUGUGUGAUUUCUGCCCGAGGAAGUUCAAUGACUUCACAGAAUUUGAUACUCACAUAGUGACACAUAAAGAAUGUCGGUUCUUCUCCUGCCAGUUAUGCAGUAAUACUUACUUGUCCUGGGGCAAUCUGGUGGCACAUCGCAAGGCAUGUCAUCGAGGUCAGGUGCUGAGUUGUGAUGCAUGUGGAGAAAGGAAGUUUCACCCCGGCCUGGGCCCCGUCAACUUCCCUGUGGGAGGCAGCCCAAUUGGUUGUGAGGAGUGUGGGGAGGGCUUCAAUACCAUCAUGCAGCUGUAUAGGCACUAUCGUGUCCAUGGCACACACCAGUUCAUGCCUGACAAGGACAAACUGACCAAGGUGCAAGAACGAACUGCUGAGGGUGCUGUACCUCUGAGUGGUUUGUAUUUGUCUCAGUCUGCGUCCCAGAAACAGGUGGAAGACAAUGCAUUUUGCUCUGAAUCCAAGAUUUGUAAUUCUAAGUGCUGUAAUGAAGGGAAGGACAACCAUUUGCACUCUGCAUCGUAUAGUUGUCAGGUGUGUGCAAAAGUGAUGCCCAACUUUGCCAGCUCCUGUCAGCACUCUGCCAUGCACAGUCUAAAAUCUGGUCUGGAACUUCACGAGCACAAGUAUUGCUGCCAGAGCUGCAAUCAGGAAUUCUCAGAAUGGAAUGAAUUUACUGAACAUGUUGAAGGGAAACAUGCAGGUUUAAAUGAGAUGCUGACAUGUGGUGUCUGUGGCCAUUCAUGGCCAGCAGGAAAAGAAUUCCUUGUUCACUACCAAUCCUGUCACACGGCAAAGAAGAUCAGAGACACUAAAAGGAUGUGCCCAGUCUGUCGCAAGGUGUUCUCACAGCCAUCUGCUCUGAAUCGUCACCUGAAACUUCACAAUCUAUUGAACUACCGUCAUACCUGCGAGAUAUGUGGAGAGGUCAUCAUGCGCCGUGACCUAGUGCUGGUACAUGCUCGCCAACAUUAUGGAGUUGAAUUGCCAGAAAGUUAUAACAAAUUGGAGCAUUUGUUAGAGUGUGGGCAAAGGUACAGAGAAAGCGUGAAACGCAAGAGUUUUAUAUGUGAAUAUUGUGGUCGAGAGUUUGGCAAGAAGCUGAACCUGCAGCUGCAUGUGAGGCGGCACACUGGAGAGCGGCCGUAUGGUUGCCAACUCUGUGGCAAAGCAUUCUACACCAAUCAGCAGCUCGCUAUCCAUGUGCGGUGCCACACAGGUGAACGUCCAUAUGCUUGUGGAAUUUGUCCCAAAACAUUUACAGGCCCUACAGCGUUAUAUGUCCACCGCAAACUGCAUGACAAAGUGAAGCGCCACCUCUGCCCUCACUGUGGGAAGCGCUUCUUCUGGAGGUCUGCCUUCAUAGGUCACAUUCGCCUGCACACAGGAGAACGGCCUUAUCGCUGCACCAUCUGCAGUAAGGCAUUCACCCUAAAGGGCAAGUUGAACCUUCAUCUGAAGAAGCACGCCAUCUUAGCAUGUUCAGACUGUGGGGAGAACUUUGGUUCUGAAGCUGAACUGAAUUCUCAUCGCAAUGAACAGUGCUGUGUCACAAUGUUGACUUUUGUUGAGGAUGGUCCUUCUGGGAAGAGGGACACUCAUAUCAUUGUUGUGAAUACUGAGGAUCUGGAGCAGAACAAUAUCUACAUAGAUAAUGCUGAAGUAGUGCAGCUUGUGGUGUGAGGGUCAGUGUGAACUUACAUGAGAACUGUGUAGACAGUUAAUUGAUGAGUUUAUAAUGGAGUGGUCAGGUAGCUUCAGUCUGAGAAUACAUAAUUUUUGUGAGAAAUUAUUUUUAAUAUCACCUCCUGGAAGCUUAUAAUGAUUAUCUUGCGAUUGUAUUAGUAUGGCUCUUAAGGAGCUAGAUUUUGAUGAUGUUGCUAAGAUUUAAUGGGCUGAGCAUGAUGAUAGGCUUUUGUCUGGUAUCAUCCUGUUUGAUGAGUAAGUUGGUACAGAUUAAGAGGUUGGCGUUUCUAAAGAAAGUAAGAAAAGAUGUAUGAUUAGCUCUGUGAAGUUUAGAUGAUAUUUUAUUGUACAAAUGUAUUUCCUGAAGUAUUGUAAGUACAUCAGUUCAAGUAAAAAGCUUUGAUACCCACAGAAGACCACAUUGUGAAUCUUCAACACCAUGAAACCCAGAAGAUGAAAUACAUGGUUUCAUUUCUCAUA